AUGGUGGGCCUUUUCGUUGGCGUCUUUGUGGCGGAGCGCUUGGCCGGCUCCGUGAAAUCCGUUUCGGCGGAAAGAGUUCGCUCCGGGCUCUAUGGCCAAGCUGGCAACAAGGGCGCCGUGGCCGUCAGCUUCAAGAUUGAGGAGACCUCGAUCUGUGCCAUCAGCUUGCACUUGGAGAGUGGCCAGCACGGCAAGAAGGCUCAGGAGCGCCUUGAACAGCUCCGGGAGAUCCUCCAGGGCGUGCGCCACGAGAAGGCGAAGUACGAUGUCAUGGUUCUAGGUGGUGACUUCAACUUUCGAGCUGCCUUUCCAGAAGCGGGGCAGAUUCCCAAGGUCUUGUCCGAAGGAUGGGCGAACCCUGCCGGCGUGGCGAGCUCCGAAAGGCGAGUCGGGGAAGGAUCUUACCAGACCAGCGAGGAGGUGAUGCGCCUCUUCCGCGAGUAUGACGAAGUGACCGCAGGCAGGAGCAGGCAGGAGCUCCAGGAGAUUCUCAAGGAGUUCAGCCUUGUGGAGGGCCCCGUGCGCUUCCCUCCCACCUACCGGCUGCUGGAAGGACAAAGUUCCUAUGACCUCGAACGCCAGCCAGCCUGGUGUGACCGCGUGCUCCACUCCAGGGUCAGCGUGGUCAGAAAGAGCUAUUGUGCACUGGGCCAUUUGAACCACACAGACCACCGCCCUGUUUGUGUGAUGCUUGAGUUGCUCCUACUAGCUCUGCCUCGGCCGGCUGAGAGCCCCACACGGACCCCGCCAAGCACGAGCCCGUCGCCUUUACCCGAGCCCCCUGCGGCCUCGCCGCAGGCUGGGGCUGGGCCGUUCGGCCUGGGGCCAGUGAGCCCUGUGACUACAUCGGAGGCUUCAGUCACGCCGGCUACGGUAACUGCACCGACCCUGCCACAGGACUUGUUGGACUUCGAAGACCCGCCACAUGUACCUUCCUCACCGAAGACGCCGAUGCAGACGCCGCAAACCCUGCAGACAGGACAGCUGGUUUUGGCAAAGUUCCAGACUGGCUGGUACUUAGCCAACGUUCUGCGAUACGAUGGCAUCACUGCUGAUGUUGCUUGGUUGAGACCUCCAGGGACCGUUUGGGGCAACAAGGAAGAGAUGCAACGCUACCUCUGCUCGACUGGAGCAGACGAGACGCUGCACGGAGAGAAGUUGCACAUCGCGACGCACGUCAGGCUGCCGGAGUUGCCGAAGGGCACCAGCGCUCUCGCGCAUCCGCCGUAUCCGUCAACCUCGCCCGCCGAUGUCAAGAUCCGCGAUUUGAAGUCCACAGCUGCACAGAAGAUCUUCCAGGACAAGCUGGCGGCCCCACUGAUUGAAGCAAUUGGUGAAUAUUUCGAGCUCCCGCCGAAGAACGUGGUGGUGGAUGAUGCGUUCAUCGUCAGGUAUGCGACAGACUCUCAAGGGGGCCUGUCCUUUCAUCGGGACGGUUCCAUUGUCAGUUCGAUUGUGACCCUGUCUGACGAGAACGAUUACGUCGGAGGUGGCACCGAGUUCUUGGACGGCAGCGUGUACCGGCCAUCCCAAGGUGGCGGAAUCCUUUUCGGAGGCCAGCGACUCCAUGGCGGUGUGGAGAUCGAACGCGGGGCUCGUUAUAUUUGCACCAUCUUCUUCAAGUGUGGCGGGCUCAGCUGCCGAGACCUGGCUGUAAAGAAAGACAAGGAGGAGGAGGGAGAUCCAGGCAUCUGGGGUGCCCUUGCCAACAUCAUGGGGGUGGGCCAGUGA